AUGGAGAAAAUAUUUAGGAACCAAAAGUUGAAUGCUAGUGUGAGAACCGUUAGGAGUGGUGAGGAGGUACUGUUCUAUGCAAAGGAUGUGGCAGAAUCUCUAGGGUACUCAAAUAAGAAAAAAGCCAUUCAAACCCAUGUAUGGAAGUCAAACAAGACAACACUUGGAGAACUUGGGGUGGGACACAUGAGGGGUACCACCCUGGAUGGUCAACCAAAUUCUGUUUUCCUAAGAGAAUCAGGUUUGUACCAACUAAUAUUCAAAUCAAGACUUCCAAUAGCAGAGGCCUUCCAGGACUGGGUGGUCACGGAUGUGCUUCCAUCUAUCCGCAAAACAGGCUCAUACGAAUUACCAGAAUCUGAGCCGCUUUAUUGUAAUCAGAUGAAGCUAAUUAAUGAAACGGACCUUCAUUAUGCUGUUGUAGAAUAUCUUAAAAAGUACCACCCGGAAGCCUUAAUAUUACAAGGAUUAGGAGAGUACCAGGAUACCUCACACAAAAGAUGUGACGCUUGGAGGAAGGGAUAUAUGGGUGGACAACCAGACCUUAUGAUAAUAACUCCAAGUAACGGUUUCCAUGGAUUCGCAAUAGAGCUCAAGAGGGGGCCUAUUAUAGGGGGUACCCAUCUCCGAAAACCGCGUUGUUUUUCAAAUUUUAACCGCAAACCGCGCACUCAUUUCUCCUUUAAACGUAACCGCGUUUAA